CUGUAAAUUUGUAAUACCCUUCAAAAAGACCCCUCGGCCUGCCCCCAAUCCCCUGUAAACUUAGCUUUUCUGACUUUGUCCCCGUCUCAGUCAAAAUCUCAGUGUCGUGGCCACGCCCCUUUUACAUCACGGUCCCGCCCCUUUUGACAUCACGCCCACCCCUUUUUGUUCCCGCCCCCCACUGACUGGUAAAACAAUUAGGAAAAGGUGGCAACCCUAAUUGAAGGGAAGAUUGUAAUUAGGAUAUCGGAGCGGCCCACUUAAACAAAAUAUAGAGCGGCCCCUCUGGCAUUUGCCCGAAAAGGCAAAUUGUCAGUCCAGGCCUGCCCCCAACUGUCCCAUUUUUCAUGGGACAGUCCCGCUUUUAUCUGCCUGUCCCGCUGUCCCGGAAUGUAGUCUAAUGUCCCGCUACACUGUGGGGAUCUUUCGCUCUUCCUGGUGUUUUUUUAUCGAAAUCUCCCGAGAAGAGACUUUGUCCGUGAUGUCACAAGCUCAUUGAAAUGAAUGGAGUAAGGAAGGGCGUAGAGAGCUGAGGAGGGAGGAACCAGGGGGAGUUACAGUGACUACAGCCUUUCAGGAUCAUGGGUGAGAGCAAAGACACGCGAUGCUGCAUUCAUCUGCCUACAUCCUCAGCCAAAGUCAAAGCCUGACACGUCUUUACCCUCAGACAUGGCUGGUCUCUCAGCUACACCUGGGGUCUCCUUAGCAGAUGAACCAGUGAAGAUACGUGCAUGGGGCCUGCCACCUCAGCAGCUCAUUACAAUAAGAGCCUGGUUAAAGGAUGAGAAAGGGGCGAUAUUUCAGUCAAGAGCUUUCUACAUUACUACAAUCGAAGGGGAAGUGGAUCUAGAGGAGGCAUCAGCCACUGGUGGAGAUUUUCAAGGUGUUUUACCCAUGGGCCUCCUCUGGUCUCUAAAGCCAACUACUCCCUUCCUCAGGCUGAUAAAGCGGGAUGUAAUGGGAAGCCCUUUCCUUAUUCACCUUGAGGUCUAUCCUUACUUGGUGGUCCUUCCUUCUCCUAAAGAUACUCCCUGUGCGGCACAGAUCAUAGAAAGAUGGUAUGUAACUCCUGGGGUACAACGGUAUAAUGUCCGAGAAGGAAGAAUCAGAGGAACCCUCUUCUUGCCCCCAGGUGAAGGUCCUUUCCCAGGAGUUAUUGACAUGUUCGGUGGUUUUGGAGGUUUAAUGGAGUUUCGAAGCAGCCUCUUGGCCAGUCGUGGUUUUGCCAGCUUGGCCCUGGCUUACUUUGCUUAUGAUGAUUUGCCCAAGCAACUGGAUGUGCUGGAGCUGGAAUAUUUUGAAGAGGCAGCUCAGUUUCUGCUCAGGAACCCAAAAGUUAUAAACCACGGCGUUGGAGUAAUAGGUGUGUCUAAAGGAGCGGAGAUCGCUUUGGCAUUAGCUUGUCAUCUACCGAUGGUUAAAGCUACAGUCUGCAUCAAUGGAACCAACGCUAUUUAUGGCUUCACUCUGACAUACAGAGAUCUAUGCAUGAGGGGCAUUCCCUAUAAUUCCGGUCGGGUGGAGAUAACAGAUCUUGGCUUACUGUGGUCAAGGCGAGUGAUAGAAGAAACAAAAGAGUCUGAACACCAGGACAGCAUCUUACCCCUAGAGAAGGCAAGAGGUCCAGUGCUUUUUCUGGUGGGUGAAGAGGAUAAGUCCUACAACAGCUUGAAGUUUGCCAUGGAAGCGUUAGCCAGGGCAAAAGGACGAGGCAAGAAUGAUGUGCAUCUGUUAUCUUUCCCUGGGACUGGGCAUCUCAUAGAGCCACCAGGGUCUCCUUUAUGCCAUGUGUCACAACCUGCUCGAGACUCUCUUCCUGUUUGGUGGGGAGGAGAACUUGUGGCUCAUUGUACUGCCCAGGAGACCUCUUGGAAGGAGAUUCUUAGCUUUCUCUUUGCACAUGUAGGAAUCUCAAAGCAGAGUAAUUUGUAGCAACUGGAAACAAUUUAGGUUGUUGGAUAGGUUCAUGUAUUUUCCCACAUUGAGGACAUGUGUCAUCCUAACUUGUCUAGAUGAUUAUGUAUUAGUAAUUCCUAUGAAUGCAUGUUGUAGAUAAAAAAAAGGACAAACAUCUGAUUAUAGCAGUAGUCUAUGCCAUCAAUGGUCUGAUGUGGUCCUUGCCCAACUGCAUUUUUAAACAAGCUGAUCCCUGUGCAAUGUCACUUUCCUGCCCACAACAUCAUCGACACGCCCCCAAGAUGUAAUUGGCCGUCUGGACCGGAGCUCGCAGCAGGGAAAGGUAGCAACCCUAUUUGUAGCCGCAUCCCCCUGUUGUAAUUGCCAUUAUGAGGAAUCCGGUUGGUAAAUGGUACAAGUAGUAUGUACUGAAUAAGGGGCAGGCACAAGUGUUCUGCGUAUGGAGAACUAAGGGCCACUAUAUUACAGAUGUCAGCCCUCAGUGUUUCAGUUCUUUGAAGGGAAAAAAUGCCACAUGUGCUAUGCUAGCUACUAGGGGAAAUUCUGAGGAAGGGUACAGUAACUCACAAAAUCUCAUGUGCUAUAUAUUACUGUUCUUUAAAGGACAAGGAAAGGCAAAAAAAUAAAAUCCCAUUUUUACUUUCUUUAAUGAAAAAGAAAACUAUC